UACAGAAGAUCUUUAUUUUUUCUGUUUUAUGAACAGAUUAUUAUAAAGCAAUAAGCAUGCAGGAGGAGAAGCAGACCUUUUACCUUGGGAAUUAAUGAAAGCAUUUCUGAUCAUUUUUUUGGAGGUGGGGAAUUGUUUAAAAUCUUAUACCACCCCCACAAAUUCUUCUGAAAUGGUAAAAUAAGGAAAUGCAUGAUUCCAGAGACACGCUUAAGCACCCGGGUGUCAGGCUAUGUGCUGUCUUGUGAUAUCAUCGGACCUUUUGAACGGGUGUAAGUUUUAUGAAUCGUUAUAUUCCUAGUAUUUUCUUCCGUAAAAACAAAGGGGAGAAGGAAACUCACACACAACUGCUUUAACAUCAUCAAUCUAUUGGUCAGUCGUACUUGCAAGAAAAUAAAAAAAAGGCUGUUGCUUGGUGGGGUGGAAUGCGAGGAAUGGUCAUUUAAAAUUUGUGUAUGCCUGAUUCUACAGUCAUUUUCGUCAAGGUAGAAUGGACAUAAAUCAUUUUGCAGUUUUCCUCUGAACUUAGCUUCUCCCUACUUAACGCGCAUCUGCGUGCACUGGAGAACAGAUGACUAACAAAGAAAGGGCUACCCUAACCUGGUUUCCCUUCUUCCCCAUUGACAAGACUUUUCCUGACUGAGCUUUUUUUCUUUUAAAAAAAUUUCUUUUCUUUCUUCUUUCUCUCCUCCUCCACCGCUUCCCUCCCCACCCCACCACCAGCCCCACCCCCACACCCCCCAGCUAACCUGCAAAUGCAGUCAGCUGGAGAAAUCAUUAAAGAAGAAAGAUAAAAGAAGCUGCCAAUGCUUUGGACCACCCUAAAACAGCAUGGGAAAAAAAUGUUUGGGGAGAGCGGGGUUUCAGGAAGCUGAGGGCUGGGCAGGCACCCCCCAGCACCGGGAUGCGCUGCCCUAAGGGAAGAGGGUGGGACUGAGGUCCUGAACUAGCCUUUCCAAAUCCCCACACCAAUGCAGGGAGGGAAAAGUUCAGAAGCAGCUACAGGGGACAGAAGCCCAUUUUUACCAGUUCAACAGGACAGGACAUUCAAUAAACCCAGCCCGCUCUGGAAACGGGUCGGGGCUCCAGUUGGCUCCACAGAGGCAGAAGUAGCCCCUGCCGCCGCCCUCGCCACGGCUGCCGCCACCGCCGCGGCCCCUGCGUUACUGGGGGAGACGGUGCCGCUGCGACAGGGGAGGACGCGGCUGGAGCUCAAGGAGGCUCCAUCGCGCAGGCGCCGCCGAGCCCUGCCUGGAUGCUCAGUCAAGGCACUAAGGCAAAAAAAAAAAUCAGCAAUUUAUAGAAAGAAGAAGCUAUAGUCUGUCGGGAUAUCCAACACCAACAGUAGGGCUUAUUGAGAGCUCCAUUUCUGGAAAGCGUUGCAAGACUGAGGAAUAUCGGACUGCGAAUCACCGGGAACAGUUCCCUUGCAGCACAGAAGCAAUCUCUCUCCCCAUCUUCGCAUAUUCUGAUGGCAAAUCAAGUGAAAGAAAAGAGGAAGCAUGACUGCAGAUCAGAUCCGUUCUCUUUGUGGAUUACAUUUUCAGUAAAAUGUAUGGAUCUAUCUUUUCCUUGUUCUUAUAUCUAGAUCAUGAGACUUGACUGAGGCUGUAUCUUUAUCCUCCAUCCAUCUAUGGCGAACUAUAGCCAUGCAGCUGACAACAUUUUGCAAAAUCUCUCUCCUCUAACAGCCUUUCUGAAACUGACUUCCUUGGGUUUCAUAAUAGGAGUCAGCGUGGUGGGCAACCUUCUGAUCUCCAUUUUGCUCGUGAAAGAUAAGACCUUGCAUAGAGCACCUUACUACUUCCUGUUGGAUCUUUGCUGUUCAGAUAUCCUCAGAUCUGCAAUUUGUUUCCCAUUUGUAUUCAACUCUGUCAAAAAUGGCUCUUCUUGGACUUAUGGGACUCUGACUUGCAAAGUGAUUGCCUUUCUGGGGGUUUUGUCCUGUUUUCACACUGCUUUCAUGCUCUUCUGUAUCAGUGUCACCAGAUACUUAGCUAUCGCCCAUCAUCGCUUCUAUACAAAGAGGCUGACCUUUUGGACGUGUCUGGCUGUGAUCUGCAUGGUGUGGACUCUGUCUGUGGCCAUGGCAUUUCCCCCAGUUUUAGAUGUGGGCACUUACUCAUUCAUUAGGGAAGAGGAUCAAUGUACCUUCCAACACCGCUCCUUCAGGGCUAAUGAUUCCUUAGGAUUUAUGCUGCUCCUUGCCCUCAUCCUCCUAGCUACACAGCUUGUCUACCUCAAGCUGAUAUUUUUUGUCCACGACCGAAGGAAAAUGAAGCCAGUCCAGUUUGUAGCAGCAGUCAGCCAGAACUGGACUUUUCAUGGUCCUGGAGCCAGUGGCCAGGCAGCUGCCAAUUGGCUAGCAGGAUUUGGAAGGGGUCCCACACCACCCACCUUGCUGGGCAUCAGGCAAAAUGCAAACACCACGAGCAGAAGAAGGCUAUUGGUCUUAGAUGAAUUCAAAAUGGAGAAAAGAAUCAGCAGAAUGUUCUAUAUAAUGACUUUUCUCUUCUUAACCUUGUGGGGCCCCUACCUGGUGGCCUGUUAUUGGAGAGUUUUUGCAAGAGGGCCUGUAGUACCAGGGGGAUUUCUAACAGCUGCUGUCUGGAUGAGUUUCGCCCAAGCAGGAAUCAAUCCUUUUGUCUGCAUUUUCUCCAACAGGGAGCUGAGGCGCUGUUUCAGCACAACCCUUCUUUACUGCAGAAAAUCCAGGUUACCAAGGGAACCUUACUGUGUUAUAUGAAGGAGCAUCUGUAAAUCUUUAGCCUUGUGAAACACUAACCUUCUCUGCUAAGCAAUUGUGGCCUGUAGCCAUUUCUUGAGAAGAAAAUCAAGAAUGGGAUCGGCAGUUAUAAGGAUUUGGGCAACAUUCUGCAGUCUUUGCAAUAGUUCACCUAUAAUCCUAUUUUAAAUCUCAGAGUGAUCCUGCUGACUGCCAGCGAAGGUUUGUAAUUAAGAAAGGACUGAACCACUGCCCUAAGUUUCUUUAUGUGGUUGAAAACUAGAUAAUGAAAGUAGCAGGUGCUAAGUAUCAGUGCUAAAUGCUGUGUAUAUGACUACUUAUGAAAAAACAUCAAAAAAAAAACCAAUUAGCAUUGGACAUCUUAAUAAAUUAAGUUGACAUGAGGUAAAUGUGUUGAUAAAAAACUAAUUUUAGAAGUUUGAAGACUUUAAAACAUUUCAUACUAUUAUUGUUUUGCAAGGACUAAAAUAUUUGGGGACUUAAAGUACUGUAAUAACUAAAGACAUGCCAUGAAUUAAUUGGAUUAUCACUUUUAAAAAAUCGCCUUGUAAGUUUUGGGGAGCAUUCCAAAGCAGUAUAUUGGUUCCAAUUAUAGUUUACUUUUUUGUAUUAAUACAUUACUAUUUCUAAAUACCGCUUUCCUUAUCUACUAGUGAAAUUGCUAGCAUUGAACUAUGUGGUUUUUGUUGAUUUGGUAUAAAGUUUUUUCUAAUUCAUCUAUAUUUUAUGAAUACUAGAUAUUGGUCUGGGAGGCAACAUUAAUGGUACCAACCAGUCACAAUUGAACAGUUCUAAUAAUGCAGAAUAAACACAUGUUGCCUUAAAGGGUUAUCUAGUAUCUUUCAUCUUAUUUAGUAUUGGAGCAAAUUGGAGUCAGGGGAAACUGAAUCAGUAACUGGUCAUGGUCAUGCAUCUGGAAGUGCAUGGACGAUCAUUUAACACUCUUUUUCCUUUUUCCUCACAUGAUUUCAAAAUUAAGGUGCACAUCACUGGAAUAAUGAAAUUUUCUUCUGAGGUGUGCUACCCAUUCUAGUGUGUUCUAAGAAGCAGGCAGUUGAUGUGUGUUUAUAUUUUAAGUCGGCUGUUAAGGGGAGACCACAGCCUUAGUAUGACAUCUUGCACAAUUUGUGAAGCAUUUAUUCUACCGAAGGCACAGUCUUGUUUAUACUUUCUGCACAUUCAGUGUAUUGGUCGUUUAAAUUAUUUCAGUUUUAACUUGUGAAAGCUUAUAAUAUAAUUUCUGGUAUUUUAGAAAUACAUUAGAGUCUGUGAGUCUCAUUCUUUAAGAUACAGAUGUGUGAAUUUCAAUAUAAAGUUGCAUUUGCCAAAAUUUACUUGUGUAGCCUGUUACUUUUCUUGAAAUAAAUUUUACAUUUUUGGCACUUAAUUUUUCUUACCAGGGAGGCAAGCACAAAAUAGCAAGACUAGCUCUAUUAUAGUUUUGUUUUGUUUUUUAUUUUUGUAGCUACUUUAUAUUGUGGAACUGGAAAUGCAUGAAUGAAAGGGAGUAUAAAGCUGACAAAUAAUAAUGUCUGCAAAAGCAUUAUUUGGUAGCUUAUCAUACUUAUUUAUUCUUACAAGCCAGAAUAUUUAAAGAUGUAAACCUGCUUAGCUGGUUGGUUCAGAAUUUUAAUAUAGACAUCACAUUUUAAUUUGGGCCAUGGUGGAAAUCUUGGAUUCUAAAUAUAUAACUUGUAAAAAGAAUGGUUUAUAAUUACAUUAUGACAAAAACAGAAAA